AUGGCGGAGGCAGAUGCGACGCGAGCGCUGCGGUACCAGGACGCAUCCACUCGAGCGCGUCUGCCUGUGUCAUGGCUCGUGCGCCUCUUGUACGCUGACGGCCAUGAAUACGGCGCGUCUUCGGGCGCAGGCAAGGGCCUCGGUAUCGGUGGAGCGAUAACGCCCGACUCAUCUGCGCUGAAGACGGCUUCCCUGCUCAAGCAGUGCACAACAACAGCUAUGAGGAAGGCAUCAGCAUCAGUAACAACGACAGCACCCAAGGCGCAAGUCGGGAAAUCCAUCGUCGCCAAUGAUGAGGAUGAGUGA